ACGCCCAGAUCCUCCUAACCAAGCCAUGGAGCACGGCGACACUGCCGCCGGCAGCGGCGGCGGCCGGGGAACAAGCAUCCAGGUAACGGCCCUAGACGGCAUCGUGAACGUGAACUCCCUCUUCACGCUCGCCGCCUUCCUCGGCCUGGCCUGGCGCCCCUCCUCCGACGGGCCCGGCCUCGCCGACGGCGCCGACCGCCUGGGCGCCUGCGCCGCGGGGGACCGCAUCGAGUCCGACCUCGUCACCUUCCACGUCCUCGCCUUCGCCUGCUUCCUCUUCUCCAGCCUCGUCGCGCUCUGCCUCAAGCAGAUCGUCCGCACCUUCCCGCACUACCGGCACGCCGCCGCCGGAUCCGCCGUCAGCUGGACCGCCAAGAUCAACCGGGCGGCGCUCCGGGUGGGGAUUCUCUCGUCGGCGGUGGGCUCCGUGUGCGGCUGUGGGUUCCUCAUGAUGGCCCUCGUCAACGUGGUGCAGGUCAAGCUCGGCCGCCUUGGGUGCGGCGCCGGCGGCUCCGCGGCGUGGGGCGCCGUCAUCCCGCUCGUCACGCUCGUGCCCACCGCCAUGCUCAUCUACAUUGCCAUCGUCUUCUACGCCUUCACCCGCUAACUAGAAUCGGAUCGAGUAGUAGCUCUGUAGCUGUAGCUCCACCUACACUUGAUGCUUCUGCUGAAUUUUGUUAUGCUGAGAUUAUG